UGAUAUAGCAUUUAUGUUUCAUGAGAUACAACAAUCUCAAAGACUCCUGCUAUGGCACAUCGUCAAAGGAGAACAAGUGUAGCGGGAGUAUUUAAUAUAGCGAUCGAGGCAAAUGACCUUGCACAACUCAAGUUUGCUUUGAAGUUUCACAAAGCGAGAAUAAAUGAGCAGGACGAGAAAGGGAGCACAGUCUUGCAUCGCAGCUGUCUCUCUGGUCAGCUAGAAAUGGCUAGGCUAUUGGUGGAGAAUGGAGCCGAGUUGGAACUGCGGGAUGAGCGCGGAUGGACUUGUUUGCAUUACGCUGCUUUUGGCGGACAUGUCGAUGUAGUAAAUUUCCUCAUUAACUCUUGCGUAGAUGUAACUGCAACGUCGCACGAAGGUCAACUUGCAAUAGAUGUCGCAAAGGGAGAGGGAAUAGUUUUCCUUUUAGCUUCAGCAAUUCUUAGAGCUGGGAAAGAGCAUCUGCUACAGCCCUACAUGGACGGAUCAACAUUAAGCUCAGAAACUGAGAGUUUACGUUCCAGUGGUGAUAUCGAGAACUACGAAUAUUGGACUCCAAAGGCUAAGAGAGCUCUUUCUGAGGAAGUUUUACGCGCAAGUCAGCAGUUUCUAGCCCAGAGCUUCGGCGCUUAUGUGGAUGAGAAAUUCAACUUAAAUUCAAGUUUUGAUAAAAGCAGCGAUAAGAACACUGAAAGCCCUCUUGCUGCUAUCGAGAAACCAAAGCUCACCAAGAAAAAUUCAUGCCCUCGUGUCAAGAACGACCCACAACCAGAAGAGACACCACGGAAAAAACCCCGCUUAAAAAGUUUUAAUUCGGCCUUCUCUAGCGAUGUUUUAAAGCGUUAUGCUGUGAGUGAGACAAAUUUGUUGGGGGAGCAAGGUGAUCCAAGUCAGAAAGAAAUGGGAGCGGAAAUUAGUCGAGCUCCGAAUUAUUUUGACCUUAAUAACGUGGACUCAGAUACUUGGAUUUAUUCGCUGUGACGACAAGAAAGAAACAGCGGGCGGGAAGACCAAUGGCGGCGAUCUGUUUCUAAUAUCAUGGAUAAUGAACACACAGAAAAGUAUAUCGCAGCAUGAAAAGCGGAUACAACUGCUUUACAACAUAAAGAACUUCUUAGGUUAACAAGAUUUCAGAUCUCAAAGCAGGCCGCUGAAAGAUCACUUCACCAAACAUUAUUCCCUUUUGUCAGACCUUUGUAAAUAAGUUCAUGAACACAUGAACUGAAGCUUCAAUCAAAGCAUUUCUUUUAAGAAUAGCUGAGUGUUAAUUUGUAACUUAAUUGAGGUGUUAUUUUUUCUGUUCCAUUUCCAUAGUUUUAAGACAAAACAUGAAUAGUUUGUUUUUGUUAUGUUUGGAUGCCAUGGAUGAUGAGGGAAGUAUUGCCAGCCUACCACCUGGCUUUUAUGUUAAACACGUUUUGUUUCUAUAUUUAAAAAGAUAAAAACAUCCUAAAGAACCGAUAUGUUUUUCAUCGAAGCAUCAGUUAAAUAACGUCGAUAGUAUAUUAAAAACAUAUUUAAGAUUCGCAACAACAAAUAAAAGAUUUGAGGUCUCGGUUUACUUCGACGAAGGGCUAACG